AUGAUGAAACAAAGGCAAAAAAACAAAUAUAAGCACAUAGACAAACGAGACAAAGCUAGUGGAAGCAGUAGUGAUGAUGGUGAGGAAACCGAACUAUUUGUCCGAAAUAAAUCCCCCAAGAAGGAAAUUCCCACAUUAGAAAAGAGCAUUGAAGAAGGGGAUACGUUGCAAUCCAUAGCUAUACGUUACCAUUGCACAAUAGAAGACCUAAAGAGACUCAACAACAUCCACAAAGAAAACGAAAUUUAUGCUAGAAGAACGAUCAAAGUUCCUCACAGGCCAUUUACAGAAGCCUUAGCUACAGUUCAUAGUGGUAGUACAACUUCACCAAUAGAAAUGACUGAGCCGUCGACAAGUAAACUAAUAGACAUAGACAUGUUAGAAACCAAACUAACACAGCAACAAAGUGUAGUUAACCAAAUUAUUUUUAAUAGUAACUUUAGUAACAAAACUAGUGAUAGAAUGGAAGACUCGACCGUUUUAGAUUCAAACGAAGAUGUUAGUCUUUUACCCGAAUAUAUGCACCUACCUCAAUCUGAUCCUAUUAUUUCUAGAUUAAGCUGCAACGGAUCUGAUUGGGAUAUAUCGUUCCCUGCUUUAAUUGUCUGUAUUGUUUUAGUUAUAUUUGCUGUACCAAUUAUUUAUGUAUUUUAUAUCGCUGAACAUCCAGAAAUAUACUUGAAUCAUACAAGUGAGUGGCGUAAUGGUUCAUGA